AUGACGAUAAUAUUAAAUAAGUCGUUAGCCGCAGUAAUCCUAGCGAUUUUUCAGUUCUUGGUGGUAGUAACAGCACAACGUGCGCUUGAUGGACAAUCAAAUAAUUUAAAUGACCCAAAGUCUGAACACGCUUUGGGUCCUUUAAUUCCUACGAUGCAACAAACAAGUUUACCAUUUAAUAGAACAAAAGGAACUAAUAAUAGGAACGGAAUUAAUGAGGUCACAUCAUUUCUUGAUGGUUCACCAAUAUACGGAGUUACAAUAGAACAAUCAUUGAAAGUUCGUGAAGGAAAUCGUGGUAAACUUAAAUUAAAUUAUAAUGUUAACACUGAGGAUGGUAGUUUUGGAUACCCGCCCGUCAAUGAUAAUGGGGAAUAUGUUUUUGCAAUAACUACACGUACUGGAAAAAAUGUAUUCGUAGAUACCAUCAUGCUUAUCCUUAUGAGAGAACAUAAUCGCAAAUGUGACUUAUUAUUCGAAGAACAUGGGGAUACUUGGAGUGAUGAACUAUAUUUUCAAGAAGCAAGAAAAUGGGUUAUUGCAAUUAUCCAAAGGGUCACUUCUCUUGAAUACCUUAGUAUAGUAUUAGGAGCUCCUUUACCUAACUAUUCAGGAUAUGAUUCUUCACUUACGCCAGCAAUUGAUACUUUCUUUGCAACGGUUACUUCUCGAAAGACUCAAGACGUUGCAAGUAUAGACGUUGUAAGAAGUCGUGAUCGAGGAAUGCCAUUAUAUAACGAUGCGAGAGAAGCAUUUGGAUUAACUAGAAAAACUCAGUUCACCGAAAUUUCAUCAAAUACAGAGGUUCAAGAACGUUUACAAGCAGUGUAUAAAAGUGUGGAUCAAGUUGAAUCUUUCAUAGGAGGUUUAGCCGAGGAUCAUAUAAAAGGUUCGAUUUUAGGAGAACUAUUUCAUAAAAGCUUCACUCAACAAUGGACUUUGAUUCGUGAUUCGGAUAGGUUUUGGUUUGAAGGAACUAAUUUAGGAUUUACACGUGAUGAAAUUAACGAAAUUCGUAACAUAACUUGGCUAUCAGUCAUCCAAAAUAAUAUCCCCCAAGGUUUUGUGUUUCCAACGAAUAUUUGGAGCGUUCAACCUACCGCAACAUUUAACACUUCAUCAAUUAAGGAGAAUAAGAAAAUUCAGGAUGAUUAUCCUGAACAAAAUGUUCUUAAAUUAAGAAUGAUUGAUGCUGACAUGAUAAUUAUGUGGAACAAGAAUGAUUCAUCUUUAUCAAUAAUGAACUAUUUAUCCAAUCAAUAUGAACGACCUAAAGAGGAUCCCAACCAAUUUGUAAAGCAAAUAAAUACCCCUACUUUGUUAAGCGCGGAGUAUGUUUAUAAAUAUAAAAAUUUGCAAUUCUUGUGGCCAAUCAGAGAAAAUGGAGAUAAAAACAGCCGUCUUUAUAAUCGUAUACCGGAAGAUGUUUUUGAACAAUUACCAGCGAUAAGUUGGAAUGAUUUUAACUUAAGGGUUAUGGCAGGAGCACAUCUAGUAGUAGCGGAAGGAUUAGUAUUUGAUAUACACAAGUGGUUUAAAAUCCAUCCAGGAGGACAAAGGAUAUUAAGAAGAGUAAUUGGUACUGAUAUUACACAAGACUUUUUCUUUGACCCUACAGAUCAAAUAGUCAUUAAUAGAGCAUUUUCAGAAAAUGAAAAAAUAAUGAAACAAAUUGAAGAAAUUAAAGAUACAAAAAGUAUAAAGAAAAGGAAAUUUCUACAAGCAAUUCGACCUAAAUCGAUAGCUAAUGCCGUGGAUUUAAUUAAUAGUACCACAUUUAAAAAUUCGAGAGUUGCGAUGCAUCGUCAUUCAAAAUUUGCUACAGCCAAAUUAGCAACUAUGGUGGUAGCAAGAAUUUCAGAUGCAGCAGAAAAUUACGGGCAACAAAAGAAAGAUGAUGAUUUUAAUCCAACUUCCUCUGUUACUCCAUUAAAUAAUGCACCACCUACACCACAAAAUAAUUCAUCUUAUAUAUUUAAAAGAUAUAUCUUAACUAAUAUCGAAUUUGCUACUAGACAUGAUGCUGAAAAUCCUGUUAAGAAAUUAACCUUUCAAGUCAUUCAUCCAAAAGACAAGUUGCCAAAAUUUCUUCCCGGUGAUUAUAUUGAAAUCAUGAGUUAUGUUAACAAACAUAUGGUAAUCAGACCAUACACCCCAUUACAUGGUCCUUCUGAUAAAACAUUUACAAUAUUGGUUAAGAUCUACAAGGAUGGUAUCAUGUCACAACAUUUGGAAAAACAACUGAGAAAUUUCGAAAUAGCAGUUCGGGGACCAUUUGAUGUAGCAGAUAGGAUGUAUACACAGAUAUCGCCACAUCAAACAAGUACGGUACCAACAACACCGAUAAUCAGACCAUCAAGUCCCAAUUCCACAAUUAACAUGUUCGGAAGUAAUUCGAAUUUAAUUCGUAGUGCAACGUUAUUAAAACAAACUAGUGUAAGCAAUCUUCAACGUACAACGUUAUUAAGACAAAAUAGUGUAAGCAAUUCUCAACGUAAUUAUCAACCAAGUAAUUUUGGUUUAGAUAGCGUUUAUGGUGAUGAAAAUUAUUCGGUAAAUGGUAGUAGUGACCAAACGUUAAAUGGUGGUGUAAUAAAUAAUCGGGUAUUAUUAAAUCCUGCUAGAGAAGAUCAGUGUUGGGAUAUUUUGUUUAUGGUUUGCGGUGGCACGGAAUUCCUUGCAUCAACAUCAAAUGGUAAACUUACGGUAAUUCAUAUCUUAACAAAACCUCCACCAAUAUGGAAAGGAUUAUCAGGACAUAUAGACGAUAAUAUAUUAUUUAGUUGGAUAUCGAAAAAUUAUCAAAUACCGCCUCCAGCAAUACCGCCAAGAGUAAAUGUACCUCAACCACAAUCACCACAAAUGAUGUUAGCUUCACCAUAUAAUCCAGAAAUUACAAAUAAUAACGAAAAUCUAUAUAAUUAUUCUGCUUCAUCACCACCUCUUCAAACACAACAACUACCCUCUUCAAAUAUAUCAAUGGAUGGUAAUGAUGGUAUCCUGCAAAUGAGAAAUAGUAUACAACCUUUUGUGUUUAGUUCUUUACAAUCAAAUAAUGAAAUGAAUGUAUUGUCUGAAAGACAAGAAUUUAUGAGAAUGUUAAGUCAAGAUGCCACUCAAGCUUGUAAGGUUGCCGUUUGUGGUCCUUAUGGCAUGAUGGAAGGUGCUAGAAGAUCUUUGGAAAGAAUUGGUUUUCCAGUUGACGCAAAAGUUUUAUUUAUUCAAUAA